CAAUUGCUGGGAUUCGAAGAUUCGGGACGGGCCCGCUUGUUUGGAAUCGGGUGUUUUACCGUUUGUGUUGAAGUUCUACGGAGACAGGAUCAGGAUAUAAGGAAUUGUACUCCGUAAUAUGACAGGAUUCUUUGUACCGAAUUCGUGGAUACAAUACCUCAGUUACCGGGAAUGCACCAUCGUGAAAGUGUAUACAGCACCGAGUGUCCGGCAUCGCCUUCGGGGUCUGUGUCGCCCAGCCGCUGGGGCUUGCUGUCCGUAUGCGUGGAAAUUGUUGCGCAUGUUGGCUUCAGGUUUGCCUGAGGGCUGAUAGCACAGCGGUAGUGUUUCCUUGUCAUGCCCGAGCGUAUUUGCCCCAAUCACAGCAUCGCAUCAGCCAUGACCUCUUGCAUAGGAAGGCAGCGGGCGUUUCGACUAAGGUAAACUUCCAUUGCCUACAGUGGCCGCUGCGGUGGAAUUCCAUCCACGGUCCAUGUCCAUUCCAUAGGGGCUCGCUGAUAAUGAUUGGGUUUUGCUUUGGGACUGACAGAUCACUUUUGGCUCAGGCUUCCUUGCAUUGCGCCCUGACCUUGAGGGUUCAUCCAGUCCUGGCCGACUGUAUCAUAUUCCUCGCUCCCGACAAGAAAGCAGUUUCCGCCGUUGUGAUGAACCCAACGUUUGUCGGCCACCUUCAUUGUGUUCCAUCAUCUCAACGGGAGAGUAACUUGGAAGGAUUGCUGAGUACAAUGCGCCUGAAAGUGGUGGAAGACAAGUUGGAUGUACGAAUCCGAGUCAUAUAAUUUCCCGUCUAGAUGGGCCAGAUAUCGUAUGUAUUCACGUUUGUACUCAGUAAGAUGGUGUAUUUUCCCUGUCCUGUAUGUCAAGUACAACUGCGGAUGCGGACCACGAUGCUCCGAAUCGAUGAGUUGAACAGAGAACGAACCGAGAAACACAAGGCGAAAAGAAAGUGCAAGACCUGGCCACCUCCUUUUUAACUUUUCAACUCGGAGAAGGCC